UUGUGUUUGUGUGUAUGUAUUGACUGUUUAGUGUGUUUAGUGUUUAGUGUGUCUGUCUAUUGAAUAAUAAUACAGUAGUAGUGAUGACAAUAAUAUUACCAAAAAUUAAUAAUAAUAAUAAUAAUUGUCACCAAAAUAGUUGAUCCCAAACACACAAACACAUUAAGGUGAUACUUAACGGACCAAAUUGACUCAUCUGACUAAACCAAUUGGCAGACAGACGGCAACAUUAACCGACAAAGAGUGACGAAACCAUUGUCCACAACAAAUCAUAAUCGCAUCGCCAGUACUGAUGAUGUCAUGAAUGUCGAUACCAAUUGGUUUUUGUGUUGGGAUGUACUGUCGGGAUAAUCAUCAACACUAUCAUCAUUACCACCACCACUGAAGACAGGACACACAUAUAUAUGACUAUACAAUUUAGUUUAGUUGACUGAAGAGUCCAUCCGUUUUUUUUGUUUGUUUAAUACAUUGUCUACAUUGUUGUUGUUGUUGAUCACAUACUUGUCCUCCUGAGUGAAGACUAUCUGUGUGUGUGUGUGUGUCCAUUACAUUCAAGAGGACGAUGGGUCCCGAAAUACAUUCUCCAUUGUCGUCCAGUGAUGACGACCUGUAUCUGAGUAGUCAAAACAAUAAUAAUAAUAAUACUGCUGCUGUCGAUGACGCCGGCGGUGAAUACGAUGAUAACAGUGAGUAUCCGCAACAAUCGCAAUCAGACGUACAGAAGCAUCGCCGACAUCGUGGCUCACACCGUCAUCGCGACCAUAAAGAGCGUAAACAUCGUCGCCGGCGAAAACAGUCGUCGCGUCACCGAAAGAAGCGAAGUAGUAAUCAUGAAGUUGAAUACGAUUUUGAACCGAAACCGCAGAUCAGAUCAUCGAAACCGUUGGUCGAAUACGACCAGAUCAGCGAAAACAGUGAUCUUGGAUCUGAUCACAAUAAAGAGGACGAGAUAGAAGAUGGCGAAGUCGAUGACGAAGACUUGAGCAGCAAUUCAUUGGCGGCGAGAAGAUCUCGAUCACCGCCGCAACCGAUGAUAGAAACCUUACGUAAAGAAUCGUCUCCCCAGCAAUUGUUGUUAGCCUCUCGUAGAGAAACACCGCCGCAAACGGAAACGUUUCGCAAGCAGACGCCGCCACCGCCACCACAAGUAUCCUCACGUAAAAAGUCUCCACUAUUACCGCUACCACCAUCGCGUAGUAAAAAGUCUUCACCACUGUUACCGCUUCCCUCAAAAGAGAUCCAGUCUCCACCACUACAACAACAACAGGAAACCUAUCGCAAAGCGACUACUCCUCCACUAUUGUUAAACGUUUCCCGUAAACAAGAUACACCUCCCCGAUUGUCAGCCGCCCGUAAACAACAACAACAAACGCCUCCACUAUUAUCUCGUGACGAAACGCCUCCACCAUUGGAGACCUUCACCUCUUCCUCUUCUUCACGUAAAGAAGUUAUUUCUUCUCUAGAAUUGACUCGUAAAGAAUUAUACGGCGGCGAUAAUAGCAACAAUCAGCGGCGGUUGUCGCCGCGCGACCGAAGUCGUACUCCGCCGCCGCCACCGCAGCAGUCGCACAGUUCGUCUUCAUCGUCACACUAUCACCAGAAACGGUCGAUGACACCGCAGAGGUCGUGGACACAGAACAAGCAGCAGCAACGACGGCAACAGUCGCCACCGCAUAGCAGUCGUUCGCCGCCACCAUCGCUAUCUCAUCAUCGAAUGUCGUCACCGAAAUCGCCGCCGCCGUCUAAACAGAGUAGUAGUAGGCGACCGCUGACGCCUAAUAGAUCGCCGCCGAUGUCAUAUCAUCAUCGAAUGUCGUCACCUAAAUCACCGAAACAACAACAACAUCGACACCGUGUAUCGUCGUCUCAUCGGUCGUACGAGAGUUCGCGCGAUCGACUAUCACCUUCUGCGUCGAGUUCGCGUUCUUCUUCGAAAUACUUAUCUCGCUAUCGGUCUUCGCGUUCCCGUUCGCCACACUCGAGAGGCGGGGGUGGGGGUGGCAGCCGAUAUUCGCCACCUCGUAGUAAUCGGUCGCAUCGCGAUCAACGCCGUACACCACCGCCGCAGUCAUCGUCACGUGAUAGACAUUAUCGGCGAUCCGAAAGCCGAACGCCACCUCCAAAGCGUUCACAUCGUAGCUCUCGAUCGUCUCAUUCGCCGCGAGACGACUCACGUAAUCGUAAUUCAAACAUUCUUCUGGACAGUAAGUUUUCGUCGACCAGUUUUGCAGCCGAACUGAUGAAACGAAAGAAUUUCAAAAAACAAACGCCAAUGAGUGGCGGUGGUCCGUCAUCUGAAGGACAUACAUCUUCGACGAGCACACCGACAGCGAAUACGCCACUACCGCCACUAAAACAGUCGACAACACCGGUAAACCUAAUGGAAAUCGAUGGACAAUCGUUUAGUUCGACACAAAAUGGUUUCGUAGCCAUGAAGUCGACAACAUUGCCACAGUUGCCGCUGCCAGUGAUGGCAUCGUCUGGUGGAACACCGACAGGGGCUACGCCGACCUCAACAACGCAACAGAACAAUAAGAAUCGUUUGCCAAUGCCACCGCAAUGCGGUACCAAUAUAUCGGCCCUGCCGUUGCCGUGUACGUCACCAGUUGUCGAUAUGGACGACAUGGAUGACCAACAAUCCGAUUAUUCCACACAACCGAUUCUCAAUCGACCAAAAAUUGCCGGUAAAAAACCGUUACCUCAUCGACAUCAACAACAACAGCCCCGUUGUGUGGAUGUGUUCGACAUAAUUAGUCAGAUAGGAGAGGGAACUUAUGGGCAGGUCUAUAAAGCACGUGAUACCGAUGACACUAUUGUUGCGCUUAAGAAAGUGCGGUUAGAAAAUGAAAAGGAAGGCUUUCCCAUAACAGCUGUGAGAGAAAUAAAAAUUUUACGCCAACUAAAUCAUGCGAAUAUAAUUAACCUCAAAGAGAUAAUCACCGAUAAACAGGACGCUCUCGACUUUAGACGUGACAAAGGCGCCUUUUAUUUAGUUUUUGAAUACAUGGAUCACGAUUUAAUGGGUCUAUUGGAGAGCGGUUUGGUUAAGUUAAAUGAGCCAAACAUUGCCCAUACAAUGCGCCAACUAUUAGAUGGAUUAAAUUAUUGUCAUAAAAACAAUUUUCUUCACCGAGACAUCAAGUGUUCAAAUAUUUUAAUGAAUAAUAAGGGUCAAAUAAAGUUGGCUGACUUUGGUUUGGCCCGAUUAUUCAGCGCUGAAGACAAAAUGAGGCCUUACACUAACAAAGUGAUUACACUGUGGUAUAGACCACCUGAGCUAUUGUUAGGCGAAGAACGAUACGGACCAGCUAUCGAUGUCUGGAGUUGCGGUUGUAUUUUGGGUGAACUGUUCAAAGGGAAGCCAAUAUUUCAGGCAAAUUCAGAGCCAAUGCAAUUAGAAGCCAUUGCCAAAUAUUGUGGGGCACCCUCACCAUCUAACUGGCCAGGGGUGGUCCAUUUGCCGCAUUGGAAUUCAAUGAAACUUAAGAAACAAUAUUCGCGGACACUUCGCGAAAAUUUUGCAUUUUAUGCUAUGCCAAAGUCAGCGCUGGAUCUAUUGGACGCUAUGCUGUGUUUAGAUCCAUCCAAAAGGAUUACCGCCGAACAGGCCCUUAACUGUGAUUGGCUCAAGAACUUUAACAAUAUGACGCCACCAUUAUUACCACAAGACCAAGAUUGCCAUGAAAUGUGGUCCAAACAGAGGAGACGCAAACUGGCCCAACAACAGGAUACGACCAAUAGUACGACUACUACUACUGCUGCUACUAAUAAUAAUAGUAACAGCAAUUCAAAUCCAAUGGUAUCCAAAUGACAUGUUUACUACUACUACUACUCCCACUAUUACUACUACACACAUAAAAAAGUGAAGAUUAUAUAUAUACAUAUAUAUAU